AUGUCUACACACAAUCCUCAAGAAUCCGCUAAUACUCCUAGUGAGACUAUUUAUCAUACGCCCUCUUCGCCUUCAAAUAACAUGUCAGUUAUUAACAACAAUCAAUCUUUACAAGAUACUCAAAACACUCAAUCUCCUUCUCAUGAAGCUGAAUGGUCAUUCUAUUACAGGCCAAACAACGAUGUUCAAAUUUACCUUAUUAUUUAUAAAGAAAUAACCUUAAAUGAGCUCAUUUCUCAAUUAUUAAUUAAUAACUUAUACCCAUCUAAUGAUCGUCUUUGCUCAAACAAUCUUUUUACAUUUUAUUUUCAACAUCCUAAUGAUCAAAAAAUUUAUAAAGUUGUUUGUGAAAUGAUUUCACAUUCAAAUAUAGUUCAAUAUUUAAACUUUAACAUUCUUGGUUUAAGACAAAAUGAACAGCAGCAAAAACAACCCUUGGAGUUUUCGAAUAGACAUAAAGAAACUCUCGAGUUCCACUUGAGACAAUUCCUUACCGAUAAUUUGGUAUCCAACAGUAUUGGUGAUGGUUCUAAUUCGAGUUUGAAUAAUAACGAUAAUACUUUCCAACAAAAUACGGCAGUUCAAAGUGGAGAUUAUCAACCUCAACAAGGAGGUUCAUUUAAUCUCGGCCAGAAUUAA